AUGAUAUUCGUCUGGUUUCCGCGUCUCGCCGUUGCGGAGACAGCCAGCUUCCAGCUUCCUGGUAAUACGGAUACUGCACUGGCACUGGCAAGAAAGUCACCCUGGAAGUUGCCGUCCAGGGCCAUGCUACCAAAAGCCAGUCUAACCAGGAGACAAGUUUGCGUGAUGCCAGCUCACAGAUCACAGAGAGACGGCUCUGCCCUCCAGGAAGGUCACGAUUCUGCAACUCACCCGUCUCACACCGGUACUUUUCCCAACUCGUCUGGACACUGGCUUCUCCGGGGAUAUAUCGAGAGCGAGCAUUGCGGGUACUCUGGCCCGUCAAAUCAGGUCAGUGCAGGCGCAAAGCAGAAUGAGCACGGUCUUCAGAAAAGCGAGGUGACUGGCGCAAUGUUUCAUUGUUUCAUGUGGGCUCAUGCUUUCGGGAUUAGAGCGUUGGUUUUUUUUUUGGCAUUGGCUUCGUUUGCUUUUGUGCCGAGAUUGAUAGGAGGAUGGGUGUGGCUAGGCUAUCAUGGCCAGCUGGAGCAACUAGGUUGCAGCGAAGGGUCGUUGAUGAGCGAUCACUACGAUCAUGCGGGGGUAACUAGUCCAACAGUCUUGGAAGUGUGGAAACGCAACGGACGGCAUAUUCCAUAUUUCGUGCCUCUAAUGGUGGUUGAUGACGAUGCAACUGACGAUGCUGAUGUGGUUUCUAGCGAAACGUCGUUUCAAGCUUCGAGCGUUGCAGUUGCUAACGUAGACUAUUUGCCAUGUACUGGGCUCUCUGUGGAAUCUGUGCACGUUCGGAGUGCAGCGAAUGCCAGAUGGCAUGCUUUGCUGAAGUCAUGUGAUGUGACUUUCAUGCUCCAGCUUGUUUGGGGCUGGUGUUAUAUUGCGCGAAUCUUUAGGGAGCGGGAGAAAGUGUUGGGUGCAACUAGCCUGCCACUAGACUUGGUAAUCCUUUUUCCAAAAGUAUAUCAACAUACGAGUUUUAUCUCUUCUGUGUGCCGGCUUAUGCUCCGCGCAAAAGAACCACCAAUGACGGAACAGCUAUGUUUUGACUUUAUUUUUUUUCUCUCUUCAAACUCAAAUACUAUGACUGUGCCUCGUCACUUAGCUCGGAGCACUUUCAGCACAUCAGAGGGCAUACGGAAUCCAUCUGCUCUCUGCCACCCCGGUCAGUAUCAGGCCUCUAAACGCCCAUUGCUUGUCCAAUUUGCUGCACUUCCAACGGGCCCUUGCAGAGCGCAAACGGGCCGAACGGGCGAAGCUGCACAUCCUGGGCUCGUACGGGUAGUCAGUAUUGAUGCUUUGAUGCUCAGAGAGUCUCAGCUGAGGCAAGUCGCAACUAUUUUCAUCUCGCAUUACCGGGUUAGGAGGCUCUCCCAUUUCAUGGCAAUGAAACCGUUUCAUUGCAAUAUUGCCUUCAUGCCCCAAAGUAUAAUUCGAUAUUCAUGCGAUGCGGUGUUUCUCAUCAGCUCCAUCAGCCUUCAUUUCGCAGAAACGACCAAAAGAGCAUUGGAAACCCACCACCACACCCAGUUCCCCGCAGCGGAAGUGGCGUUUCAUGCGUUUGAGCGUGGAGGUGGGCGUGGAGAAGCCCACCCUGGAGAUCUUCUAAAACAGGAAAUACAUCUCCGGGGCUGCCGUUUGCCCGGCUUUCCAUGCGAACUGAGUCGGAGAAUAUUCAUUCAUGUAAAAAUCUACCACCAUUCUGGUGUUGUUGCUGUGUGGAUACCUGAGGCAGCGGUUCGGCCCCUGAUUAUCAUUUCCAUGGGGAAAAGCACAUGGCAAGGAAACCGGAGGGAAGAGUCAGGGAUCAUGGGGUUCGCUGAAGAUGAGGGAAACGGGUUGGAACGAGUGAGUGAGACCUAUCGGUUCCUGCAUCAAGCCUCUCGCUCGCCUGGCACGCGAACGUUUAGUUUCUUUCGAAAGGCGAGAGACGGACGCCAAACGAAAAACUGGUUUCUUUCCGCGAUUGAUGACGUGUGGCGUAUUUCUCCUCAGAAGCGCAUAUUUUCUUCUUUCAUGGCAGGUACAUCCCUGGGGUCCCGUAUCUACAAAAUCAUGAACCUUAAUGGCUUUUCUGCUCAUUUGAUGAGCCAGAGACUUGGAUUAGUGCGCAGGCUCUGCAUGAGGUCAUCUGAACGUUCGGACGCUUGUUUUUUAAAUCUGAAACAUUGUUUCUUGUCGCCAUAUCUGCAGUGUGGGGCAUGGCAACCAAACCUUGAAGUCUGGAACCAUAAGGCGCUGAUACGAGGCGAGGAGGGGAGCAAGCAGUUUCGGAAUGUGGGGUUGUGCAUGGAAGAUGGCGAUGGAUCGGAUGGGGAUGUCAUGAUCUCGACAUUGGAGACGAAGUUUGGCCUAAUUUACUUGGAGGAAGUUACUCAAGUUCAUAUUACCUCGCCGAGAACUGUCAAGGUCACCCAUCUCUCAAUGGCAGAUGAGUACCAUAGUAUGCAUCUCAAUGGUGCUCCGGCUUUCCUCCGAACAAGCUCUCCACCAAUAUCCAAGACCAAGGGCUCGAUCCAUCUUCAUGACACACAACCAACACCAUACGAUUCAGAAUACUACCCCAUGUCUUGUGCAACCUUUCCAGAAUCCGGCUCCUUCAACGCCUCAUUCUCCGAAGUCAGACAUGCGUCCGGUCGUAACGAUUCGAAGGAGGCAAAGAAUCCUCUGGAAGGCCUCACUUUCUAUUAUGUUGCUUCCACUAACAAAGACCACUCUAAUGACAUGCGUCCGGAGUGCCCGAGCUUCUUGUUACGCACAGGAAGGUACAUUCAGAAACUGCCCAGCAGCCAGAUUCCAACUAACCACAUCCACGUACCGCAAAUCCGAAGCUUUAAAAUGUGGUUCAUUCUGCUCCAUCCUAACACGGCAUUCCUGCAGCAGGGCAACGGUCAACGCGCCAAAAUGAACCAGAUCCUCCGCAAAUAG